AUGUCGAUUGUCGGACGAUCUAUAGAGAUAAUGAGAGAGAAGAAGAAGAAGGAGGAUGCGGUUAUAGAUAUGGAGUUAGUUAAUACGACAUCAAGUACAAAUAGUCAAAAAGCAUACGUCAGUGGAUUUCGAUUAGCGAUUUUAUUAAUAGGACUUGUUAUUGUUCUUUUCUUAGCUGCGCUCGAUCGAACUAUCGUGGCGACUGCAUUACCACAAAUUGCAUCUGAUUAUAGCGCAUUUAAUCAAAUCUCAUGGGUUGCUAUUUCAUAUUUACUAACAAAGACAGCCUUUCAACCAGCUUACGGCAAAAUUUCAGAUAUAUUUGGCAGGAGAUCGACAUUUAUUUUUGCAAUAUGUGUAUUCGAAUUUGGAAGUUUAUUAUCGGCAGCGGCACCAAACAUAAUAACGUUAAUAAUAUUUCGAGGUGUUCAAGGUGUUGGUGGUGGUGGAAUUGUGAGUCUGGUGAUGAUUAUAAUAGGAGAUAUUGUUCCUCUUAAAGAUCGCGCAAAAUACCAAGGGAUUUUUGGGGCUGUUUAUGGAAUGGCUUCGCUUGCUGGUCCUGUGGUUGGUGGUACAUUCACUGAACAUGUCACGUGGAGAUGGUGUUUUUAUGUUAAUUUGCCAUUAGGGGCAAUAACCGUUGCAAUAAUAACAUUUAUGCUUCAUCUUCCACCACGACAAGGUUCAUUAAUGGACAAAAUAAAAAGAAUUGAUUGGUGUGGUUCAAUUUUGCUAAUACUUGGUACAAUUGCACUAUUGUUGGCAUUGAGUUGGGGAGGUGACAAAUACGCUUGGAAAGACCCAAUAAUUAUUGGCCUCCUUGCAGGCGGUGUACUACUGCUAAUACUUUUCUUAGUAGUAGAAGCAUUUGUCUCAAUCGAACCAAUUUCCCCAAUCCAUCUAUUCAAAAAUAGAUCAUUGCUCGCAUGUUUUGGUGUAAAUUUUUUCCAGGGUAUGGCGUUUUUCGCAAACAUUUAUUACAUGCCGCUCUAUUUUCAGGUGGUAAAAGGAAAAAGUGCAAGUUCGUCAGGUUUUGAAUUAAUGCCGUAUAUUCUCGCUGUUGCUCUUGGCUCUAUCAUUUCUUGUCAAAUCGUCUCGCGUACCGAAAAGAUUACCGGAAAACAUUUGUGUGUUGUUGGUGGACUGUUGGUUGUCGUUGGUGCUAUUCUAACCAGUUUGUUGAACGCAAAUUCUAACCGUGUUGCACAGAUUUGUUAUCUGAUCAUUAGUGGGUUUGGUGUUGGAUUGAUCAUGCAAACUGUGUUUAUUUGUUCGGUGUUGGCUGUUGAAGAAGUAGACGUCUCGUUUGUUAUCUCAAUUAUGAUUUUCUUUAGAUCAAUCGGCGCUGUAUUUGGAAUCUCUAUAGUCGGCACAAUAUUCAAGAACGCGCUCUCAAAAAACGUUCUAACUCUUGGCUUAAAUGUGCCCGUAGACGACCUAAAAAAUUCUGCAAUGUUUAUGCAUCAUCUUUCAGAUGCACAACAGCACAUUGUAAUAGACGCUUACGUGCGAUCACUGCAGGAUGCAUUCCAUGUUUUGAUCCCGUUCGGGUUCCUGUGUUUCUUGUGUGCACUCGCCAUUAAAAAGACAAAAAGGAGUAGUAGUGAGUGUGAGGUGCAGAAUUUUUCGUUGUGA